AUGAAUAAACUUUGCUCGGACGAUGCCAUAGAAAAAGGAGAAGCUAUCACUGCAACCCAGGAAGAAGCAAGACAAGGCAGCCGAUUAGGAUCUGACUCUUCCGCCGAUUCCAAUUUAGCAAACGCGCCACAAAUAAAGACAAUCCUAAAACUAUUCAGCCGAGUUUUCAAAUUGACUUACCGUGAUGAUGAUCCAAACGGGGUUAUAGUUACUGAAACGAAGAAGUUGGAAGAAGGACCGACGGGGUAUCCGCGCCUGGCGAAAUACCUCGACAGUGCCGAGUCUUUCAUGAAUUAUCGAAAGUUCGGUUACCUUCAAGCUCGACUACUUCUCACAAGACAGGAGGAGUUGCGGCGACUUGAAAGUCGGCUCGAUGACAGAGACAUUGAGGAUGAGAAAGUGAAGAAAAAAAUGAAGCUCAUAGACGAGAUCCAGCGUAAAUUCCAAGCUUACGGUAUGGUACGACUCUACACUGGUUCAACGAAAAGCUCAGAAGAAUUCCUAGCUAGCUUGAUGCUUACCGCAAAGGAAAUGGCGCUGUUGAGCCCCCCAACAGCUCGAGCUUGGCACAGUAUGGAAACCUACAUGGUACAAACGCGACCAGUAAAAGAGCCCGAGGAGUUCAUAAGGUAUCGGGAAGAUCUUGUGAGCCUGAAACCAGGUAGGGAACACUCGUUCCUCGAUACAGUGGUAGAGAAACUCCUGUUUAAGGCUCGAGGAUGGAAGAUGGUUCAUAAAUUGUUUACGACACCGAUUUUACGUGAAAAGGUAGACAUGGACAAGGAGGAUGGCUCUGGAACUGUCCUUUUCAGCAGAGAACGAAUUACAAUGGUAGUCUCGCUACUGCUCACAAUCACCAUCCUCGUUCUUCUAGUGGUUCCCAUAUACGUGCUUUCGCGCUUGACAGAAGCCUCAAAGGGAAACGAGACAAGCAUGACGGUCAUAAUAUUCAUCUUGCUUAUCUUCACCUUGCUGUUCUCAGGAGCACUAUGGCUCUUCACAAGAGCCAAAAGGCACGAGAUCCUGAGUGCCGCCGCAGCAUACUGCGCCGUCCUUGUGGUUUUUGUUGGCAAUGUGGGACAGAUUGCUAAAUCUGAUGGAAGCUGA